ACAACAACAACAACAACAACAGCAACACUAUCAUCCACAGCAACAACAGCAGCAGCAGCACCACCACCACGACAGCAUUGCAGCAAGCUUGCUUUCGGAAUCCAUCGGUGCAGAUACCGAAAGAGGCGACAGCGGCAGUAUUGCAGGUAAUGGCGGUGCGGGAGGAGUAGGAGGUGGCGGCGGCGCGUGCUGCACGAGCCCAUUCAGAUCGUCAUCACAGUACUGGGCAACAACAACUACUGCCACGACAACGGCUUCCACGACCGCCAAUAAUCUCCAUGACGACCAUCAUUUGUUUUCAGAAAUGCCUUCAUUGCAACUUGCGUUGUUACCAUCGCCACCGUCAGAAACACCCAUGCUGGUACUACCUAUUGCCCUGACUUCGUCGUUUAACUUUAUUGAUCAGCACGAAGAUGACGACGAUGUUGACGGUGGUGCCCCUUACUACUCACAAUGGGAUCCAUGGCCCGUAUACUCGCUCAUGCUCACUGUGCUUCUAGCCGGUGUCGGGUCAGCCAUGAUGAAUGCUCUACUCUAUAUUUAUCUCCAUGACGGACUGGGCUUGCCAAUGCACUUGAUCGGCAUUGUUGGAAUGGUGUCGGUUGCAGCAAGAGCUGCUUCGAAACCUCUCGUUCAUUGGACCCUCCGUCGCUUUCCACUCGUUGCUGUUACCGGAGUCGCACAUGUGAUACUCAUCAUGUGUGCUUUCGGAUAUACCUGGCUGCAGCCCGAUUACAUUUUAUCGCGCUUGGCUGCUGUCAUCUUGCAGAUACUGCAAGGGGCUGCUUUCAAUAGCCUUUGGCUGAUCGCUGUACGCCAAGUAGACUGCGUACUACUAACAGCCGGACAACAUCAGCGUAUGUUGUUGCGGGGCAAGAUGUCGGCGCUGUUCAACAGCCUAGGACCAGCAUUAGGUGCGGUCUUGACGGGCUAUCUAGUGGAUGCAUAUGUCCACGAGAACAUCAUGACCUUUUCCGGCUUUGUUUUUGCAUAUCGUGGCGCCGUUGUAGUGCUUGCCCUGUGCUGGGCUGUGUCCAGGGGGUGGACAGUGGUAGCGGAUGACGAUGCUUAAAUCCUCCCACCACACAGACACGCGAGAGAAGAAAAAGAGGUCGAGCCGCCCUUCUUGUAAUUAAUUAUAACUCAUUUCUCCCACCCCUUCUUACUCCUUUUCCCGAUUUACUUUUCUUUUUCCUAUGUUAUUUUUUUGUGUUGUAAAAGUAUUAUUUGUUAUUGGGUAGAGACGACAGACACAGAUCAAGUGUAUAUAUUUUAUUUUUCGUUUGCUUUUCUUCUUGCUCUUUUAAAUCACCCUAUCUGAUUUGACCAGUUACUAUCAUCUCUCUUUAUAUUGGAUCUUACAGCGCU